ACGAAACCGACCGAAAAUGAAAGAAAGUUGAAUUAAAAGAGAGAGUUUCAGAUAAUGAACAUUACCCGUGAGAGAGAGUAGUCAAGAAGAUGAGCAAGGAGAGGUUGGCGGCGCUGGCUCAGCAGCUCCGGAUGUACAAGGCACCGGUGGCGGCUGAUGAUGACGAUGCAAUGGGUCAGCCCUCAGAAAGAUUGAGACCUAAGAAAGCGGCUGUUUUGAUCUGCCUUUUCGAACAAGAUAAUAAUGAGGGGAUUCGCGUGAUUCUUACCAAAAGAUCUUCAGGCCUCUCCACACAUUCAGGUGAAGUCGCUUUGCCAGGAGGGAAGGCCGAGGAAGAUGACGUAGAUGACGCUGACACAGCCACUAGGGAAGCACACGAAGAGAUUGGCCUCCAUCCCUCACUCGUAGAUGUUGUUGCCUUUCUUCAGCCUUUCUUGUCUAAGCAUCUUCUGCGGGUAAUCCCUGUAAUUGGCAUACUUUCUGACAGAGAUGCCUUCAAUCCUACUCCUAAUGCUGCUGAAGUAGAUGACGUCUUUGAUGCUCCUUUGGAAAUGUUUCUAAAGGAUGAACACCGAAGAUCUGAAAAGAGAGAAUGGAUGGGAGAGGAAUAUCUGGUUCAUUAUUUUGACUACGAAACACCACCAGCAGCAGAAGCAGGUGGUGGUAAUAAGAAAUAUCUUAUUUGGGGUCUCACUGCUGGGAUCUUGAUCCGCGCUGCAUCCCUUGUGUACCAGAGACCACCUGAUUUUCUUGACCAAACCCCCAAAUUCAAACUUCCUAGAGUCUUAAGCAAGGGCACCAUAAUGCCAUAAAUAUAUAUUAUUAUUAUUAUUUCAAUUUUACAUUUCUUGACUUAAUAUAUUGAUAUCCCUUCCAUGAGUCGAGUCGAGUCGAGUGGAGAGAAAUGACGUGCAUAGAGUUUAAAGAGAAAACUACAUACCACAAACUCGCAUCAACUUGUGUUUGAAGCUCGAUACUAAAAGUGCUCCUCAAGUGACAACAAUUCAAGGAGUUAGUUAUGAAGAUAGGAUUCAAGAUUUGAAGUUUAGAGAGCGAUGGACGUAAAUCGUUGUAGUUCUAUGUUUAUCUUGUGAACGUUACCUAGAAUAGGUUGUCGGUUUUAUUAGUACUUGUAUGGUUUAAGAUUACCACCUAUGGCUUUUCUUUUCUUUUGAUUACCUUGUGAUAAUUGCAAUGGAAGUGUGUUUAUAGUUUUUGGCCUUC